AUGUCAAACUAAGGAUAAGCAGACAUCAAAAAGAUUUAAGAUAGCUCCAAAUAAGCAAUCUAGUCAAAGAAGAAUGCGAUCCAGAAGUUGAGAUAAAUUAAGUAGAAGCUGGAAGAUUAUUUGAGAGGUUGCAAUGUUGCUUCAACAGCUGGAAAUAUGGCUUAAAUUGCGGGAACUCUAAUGCUCUUCACACCUCUAGUUCUAUUUGGAGCAGCCGCCAUUGCUGCUGGCACAAUUACUAACAUCAGCUCAGAUGCAUUUUCUUCCAGCAAAGAGAAUGGCACAAUGAAGGAAGUGGCCUAAUUAAUAGAUAACGACACUGAUUAAACUGCAAGAUUUAUCGAAUGCCUUUCUUCAAUCGGAGAAAAGAUUGAGAAAAAAAUAUAAUCAAAAGUCUAAAAAAAGGUUAUUAAUAAGGCACUAGAAGCAGUUCUUGGCAAAGAUACCUAAAUAUUAAAGAUAUAUAAAGCUGCUAAGAGCUCUAAGAAGUUUUCAAAGGCAUUCUAGAUGGCAGCAGAUUUACAGAAGACUGCUAAAGUUGGAAAAGCAGCAGUAAGCGUAACAAGUGUUGCGAGGUAACUUAAAGGUGGACUCUUCGUUGCUGUUGGAGUUGGAAUCAGUGUUUAUGAGAUUAUUCAAACUUGGACUGCUGAUAAUCAAACUGUUGGCAAGCUUAAUUUCAUUAUCAAAAACCUAGAGGAGCAGCUCAAAGAUUUAAAUGAGUUGCACAAUUACUCUCUAAAGUGA